UUUGAAUAUUUAGACACGUAUGUUCUGUAGGAAUGAUAUUUACGCAGGUUGGCGAGCGUGCUUCCUCAAAGCCCUUUAACAAACGCCGGAAACACCAAGGAAUGGGAAAACGUGUGUCUUUAUUUCCUCCACAGUUUACUGCAAGUAAAAAUCUCAUCACGUCCGUGAAUGUGCCACGCUAGAGUUUAAGGUAAAUAACCACGCAUUAUCUAUGUGCAGCCAGUAUCAUACACACUAUUGUGAAUUGCAUAAUGCGCUAGUGGGCACGCCCACAUUGCAGUCUAUUUACUGAGAAGUUGGUGAGCCUGUUUGUGAGGAAAUCGAAAGUAGAUUUUUCUCUGUGUAAAAAAAAAUGAAUACAUAAAAAUGGCUGCUGGUGGUAUAAGUUCUUCGGGGCUUCUCAGCGAUCUAAGUUGUCCUAUUUGUCUCGAACUUUUUAAAAAUCCUGUUUCUCUGCCUUGCGACCACAACUACUGCGCGCCGUGUAUUCGCCAGUAUUCCAACCGCACUGACAGUUCGGUCUCCUGUCCCGAAUGCGGACAGGAGUUCACGGAGAAAAAAAACUUCAAACCCAACCGACUGCUCGCCAAUAUUGUAGAGAGCUUCAAACAGCUAAAGUUAAAGAAAGGAAGAAAGGGACAGUCUCGAGGUGCGCAGGACGAGUUUUACAGCCCGCAACCCCGCGAGGAGGUGAAGCUCUGCAGAGAUGAGGAAGUGCGUCCUAAACCAAACAAGCCAUUGCAAGCAGCGAACUCGCUUUCCAACAAGAAAGACAGAGCUGCAGGCUUGAAGCACCUCACAGAGCGCUGGCAGAAACUGACUCGGGUCUGGAACGAGCAGAGGGAACAUAUCACAGAGACCAAGUGUCAGCUGCACGAACUGAAAACCGAGAUUCGAGCCCAGUUUGACCAGUUGCACCAGUUUCUGUACACUGAUGAGAAGGAGCAGAUCAGAAGACUACAAGAGGAAGCCAAGUGGGCUCUUGAAUCUAUGGAACAGCAGCUUCUGCUCAUCACCCAGGAGAAAGAUCUCAUAGAGAUGGAAAUGACCAUGCUCCAAAACGAGGACUCUGAGAAGACAAAAGAGAGACUCACACUCAACAGUUGUAAGAGGUCAAAUAAUGAUGAGGAGAUUCCAGAGCUGAUCUGCCAUGAGCUGAGACAUGGAGCUCACCGGGGACCCCUGCAGUACGCAGCGUGGAAGCGCAUGUGGAGUGUCAUAGAUACAGUCCCUGCUCCUCUCACCUUAGACCCUGUCUCUGCUCACCCUUCCCUCCUGCUCUCUGCAGACCAGACCUCAGUAGAAGACUCUCCCAGGCUCCCAAGCUCAGCACUCAGUCCCAAGAGCUUUGAGCCCUGCCUAGACCUGCUGUCUUUGCAGGGAUUCGCCACUGGGAGACACUAUUGGGAGGUUAGGGUCCCGAGCAGAGAAGGGUGGGCAGUGGGCAUCGCCAGUGAGUCUGUGCAGAGAAAGGGCAAUCUCCCACUUACUCCGCAGAAUGGUUUCUGGGCCAUGUGGCUCACAAACGGCAAUGAAUUUUGGAUCCCAGAUGCUUCUCCUGUCCGACCAGCGCUAGGUAAUAGGGCACGAGUCGUUGGGGUCUAUCUGGAUAAGGAAUGUGGUCAGGUGUCCUUCUACAAUGCUGAGAACAUGGAACACAUCCAUACUUUGGUGGAUACAUUUCCCAAGAAAGUGUAUCCUUAUUUCAGCCUUGGAGUAGCCCAAGUUGGCUUUCUGGGCGACAGUGGGGUUUUGAAGAUUCACCACAUGCAAGUAUAAUGAAGAAAUACCCAGAACUUUCUGAAAAGAUGUACAAAUGUGGCCUGAAGCAUUGAAGCAUUCCUAAGCAUUCUCAGCUGUGUUUUAUGUGUUGCACACAUAGUUUAUGCGUGGAUUUAUUACGCUGUUGAUGUCAUUUAAGAUGCAUGUUGUAUAUAUGUAAAUAAUAAUUAUAAUAGUAAUAUAAAUCUAUCCAAUCAUUAUUUGCUUCUGAUUGCUUUUCCCAAUCCCAUACAUCCAUAGCCUAUGAACUAUAGUAUCUGCAUCAAAUUCUAUCUCUCACACAUUAAGCCAUUAAAAGCAUAAACCAA